AUGCAACUAUCAGAUCAUGACAUCUCUGCAUGCAAAUCGGCGACUCGUGGGUUGGAGGAAGCUCAUAACCAAUCGACACAAGCGACAGCGAUUCCACGAGAGUUUGGAGAUGCGUACGGCACAAUCAACUUAACCGAUUGGCGGACGGUGGAGGAGACGACAAGAGCGAACAAGAUGGCUGUGUAUCAGCAGGCGAUGUGCGCAACUGACUACCUCAGGAGUAAGGUGCACUACAGACCAGUGGUGGGGAUUAUCAGCGGCUCAGGACUAGACAAUAUAACCGAUCUUGUCGAAAAUCCGCGCAUGGUGCGAUAUAAUGAUAUUCCUGGAUUUCCGGACAGUGAGGGUGAGAUUGAGAUUGAAACUAAUGCGUACCUGGCGGAGAUACUGGAGGGCGUCUACUUCCAUAUCGCGGGACCCGCCCAUGAGACACCUGCCACAGCGCGCAUGCUCCAACUCCUCGGCUGUGAUGUCAUGGGCAUGAGUCUAACUCAGGAGGUGCUGGUAGCGAAGAAUCAAAAUAUGAAAGUCUUCGCGCUCUGCUUAAUUACCAACAAGGUGACCACCGACUCCAACUCCAUUGACAAUCAUAACCACGCGGCGGAGCUGCAGGUCGCUAAGACGAAGGCACCGCUUGUGGGCCGACUCAUUGAACGUAUUAUCUUGAACACAUCCGCCGAUGUAAAGAGGUCACUAAGUGGCCGGACCUCGGCUUCAGGAGCCUACAAGAAAAAGGAGGGUGUAGAGGAUGUGGUUUGUAGCAGCAGCCAUGCAACGACUGUUUCAUUCUACAAUGCCGCAAUAGAGGGAGUGAAAGGCGUCUGUCCACAUGAACGAUGA